UUUGAAUUUGGGAAUCUUAAAUCUGUAUCCCUUCUCGGCUUCUCUCUUGAAGGCUUGAAGCUCUCUCGACAGAAAUCCCUCGAAUCUCCAAGCGCAGAGCUGCUCCCUCUUCCACCACCCCCCCCCCCCCAUCCCUUCUCUUGACGAUCCCUCGAAGCUCCAACGUGAAGCUGCUCGUCUCUCCCUCGAACCUUCAACGGGAAAGCUGUUUUCCCCUGCAUCCUCGUCGUUCUGUCCAAUCCUUGUGUGCGAUCAUAUGUGUGCAGACUGCGGAGUACUCCCAACUCUUUCACUUCAGGAAAUAUAUUAUUCAUAGCUGACAAGAGGUCUUCCUUCUUUUGAAUCAGCCUCUCCACUUGCCUUUGCAGUUCUGUUAUGCAUUCAAUCACUCGUCCGACUGUGGCUGGGAGAAGGGGCCGUCCCUGCAUGAUUUCUUGAGAUUUCUUCUCAGUGAUUGAAGAUUGGUCGGCCAAGUCUGGGAGACAAGGUGCCAAGGUGCUUAUGGUGGCAGGUGUAGAGGAAAGGGUAUGGAGAGGAACUGGACAACCAUGGAAGGCUUGGUUCUUUCCUGUGGGUCACCAACUUGGGGUGCAGAAUGUGUCUGCUUCUUGAGAAGCAACUUUAUGGGUUCUUUGCUCGACUGAAAGAUGAACAAUGGCUGAGAGACUUUACAUUGCCAAGCGACAUCUUUUUCUGCAAUUAGCCCAAGAUUUGACAAACACCAACCCAAUCAAUCAUGCUUGUGAAGUUUCUUGAAUGAAAGGACAAUUCGAAGACAGGCAAGUCAAUGAUACCCACAACUUGAGUAAAAGCUCAUGCCCAUGAAAUUAUUGGGGCUUCUACGGAGUUCUGAUCUGUCUUGAUGACUAGCUUAUUUUAUCUAAAUGCUGAAACUCAUUUAAUUCAAACUGUUUGUGCUAUUGCGGUGAAGGGACAUUGGAAUUGUCUCCUGACACCCAGGAUUGGGUCUAAUAUCACCUCAACAAUCAUGAACCAGCAAAAGCACUUCAAAACAGCACAAAACUUGCUGGAAAAGAUUGCAUAUAAGGAUUUUUUAUCGUCUCCGUCAGUUUUGAAUGCUCUUAUGGAUACGCAUGAUGACCCGGAUAGGAAUUCCCAAAUUUUAAGCUGGCUUGUGAUCUUCUAUGUGAACUUAAAGAUGAACCAAGAUGCAAUCCACGUUUUUGAGCACAUGCGGGUGAAGAGCUUGAAACCCCAUUUGCAUGCUUGCACCGUGCUUUUAAAUUCAUUGGUGAAGGAGAGAUUGACUGAUAUGGUAUGGAAAGUUUAUAGGAAGAUGCUUCGAGUGGGUGUUGUUCCUAACAUCCACAUCUUCAACGUGUUGAUCCAUGCUUGUUGCAAGUCUGGGGAUGUGGAGAAGGCAGAACAAGUUUUGGGUGAUAUGGAGAACAAGUUUAUUGUUCCUGAUCUUUUCACUUACAAUGCAUUAAUUUCAUUGUAUUGCAAGAAGGGUAUGCACUAUGAAGCCUUUUCUGUUCAAGAUAGAAUGGAAAGAGCAGGAGUGCAUUGUGACAUUGUAACUUAUAAUUCCCUUAUUCAUGGGUUCUCUAGAGAAGGUCGAAUGAGAGAAGCUGUAAGGCUAUUUAAGGAAAUCAAAGGCGUUUCUCCCAACCAUGUUACAUACACUACUCUAAUUGAUGGGUAUUGUAGAAUGAAUGACCUUGAAGAAGCAUUAAGAUUGCGUAAGGUAAUGGAGGAUGAAGGGUUGUAUCCUGGAGUUGUUACUUACAAUGCGAUCCUUCGUAAAUUGUGUGAGGAGGGCAGGAUUAGAGAUGCAAAUAAGCUCUUGAAUGAAAUGGGUGAGAGGAAGGUUAAUGCAGAUACUGUCACUUGCAACACAUUGAUAAAUGCUUAUUGCAAGAUAGGCGAUAUGAUAUCUGCAUUGAAAGUAAAAAAUAAAUUAUUGGAAGCUGGGUUGAAGCCAGACCAGUUUACUUACAAGGCAUUGAUUCAUGGUUUCUGCAAAGUUUUGGAGAUGGACAGUGCUAAAGAGCACUUAUUUCAGAUGCUUGAUGCAGGAUUUUCUCCUAGUUAUUGCACAUAUUCUUGGCUUGUAGAUGGUUACUGCAACCAAGAUAAUGAAGAAGCAGUUAUUACACUCCUCGAUGAGUUUGUGAGUAGAGGUCUCUGCCUUGGCCUCUCAGUGUAUAGGGCACUUAUAAGAAGGUUUUGCAAGAAAGGAAAGGUCGAUUAUGCUGAAAGAAUAUUUGGUCUUAUGCAAUGGAAGGGUCUAUCAGGAGAUAGUGUUAUAUACACUGCUCUUGCAUGUGCUUACUUCAAAGCUGGGACUUCAAUGGCUGCUUCAGAUGUGUUAGAUGAGAUGGCUAAGAGGAGAUUGAUGAUAACUGUUAAGAUAUACCAUUCUUUCAGAGAUUCUUAUGCUGGGGAUAACAGCUUGUUAGAUCCAUUUUGGGAUCAUGUGGUUGAGAGGGGUUUAAUGUCAAAAAAUAUUUCCAAGCAUCUGUAGUGUUUGCACUCAUGGCUGAACCUUGAAGUUCACCCUGAACUUGCAGGCUUAUGUAAAUCACAAUGCACGAGCUAUGCUGCCCCAAUGUCAUCCUAGCUCCAAUCCAAGUCUGAAGGAGAACCAAGAGGCGAGAGAGAGAACCUGAAGCGGUGAAGCCUGAAGCCUGAAGGUGAACCUAAAUCUUCUUCUUCUUCUUCUUCUUCUUUGUUUCUGACAUAUUUUCUUCGUUUUUCACAGGCAAACGAUGAUAGGAACUUUUGUUAAAUUUUACUGAAUCCCUAGUUUCUCGUGUUAUAAGUUUCUUCAAACCUGUUUUACUGGCAGUGGAAUCCAACUUCUUGUUUAGAAAGCACAUAAUAGCUGUAAUUUUGUGGAAUAAAAAAGUUGUGGGAAUGUUGAGAGUGGUGCCGGUGCAGCUGGAGUGCAUGGUACCAGUAGCAGUAAUUUCAAUGGUGUUGUGAGGUGUAAUCGGAAAUGAACAUGGGAUGCAACAGUUGAGUCUUGGACCUUGGGGCCACCAUUGCUUCAUUACCAUGUUUAACAACCACCUAACCUAAUAUCAUAUGCUUUAAGGUUUUUAGCUAAAAAAAUAUUUCUGAGAACAGCCUUUUUGUGUUGUAAUGUGUUUUUUUCCUUGAUUAAAAAUUGGAUGUAAAAUGACUGAUGUUCUUUGUCACAUAUUCCCUUUAAUACAUCAGUUUAACAAUGGAAUUUUCUUUAUC